AUGGCAACCGAGGAAGAGGCUUUGUACAAGCCUUAUGAUCAAUUCAUCCUUUUUGGGGAUUCAAUCACCCAGAUGUCCAGCGACCCCCACAUGGGGUUCGGGCUAUUCGCAGCACUGCAGGAUGCUUACAGCCGUCGCCUGGACGUGAUCAACCGUGGGUUUGGUGGCUAUACCUCUGGCCAUGCCAUCAAAGUCUUUCCCAAGUUCUUUCCCACACCGGAAAAAGCCACAGUGCGGUUCAUGCACGUCCCAUUGGACGUGUAUAAAGAGAAUCUGACUCGGAUCAUACAACAUCCUGCAACAGUGGCCCAAAAUCCACAUAUCCUCCUGCUGACUCCACCCCCUGUAAAUGAAUACCAACUACAGGGGUUCGACGAGUCCAAGGGCAAUGCCCAUCCCAGCCGGACCGCCGCUUUUACUAAGGAAUAUGCGGAGGCAGUCCGCGAAGUCGGCGCCUCUCUCGGUGUCCCCGUAGUGGAUGUAUGGAAGGCAUUUAUGUCUGCUGUUGGCUGGAAGGAGGGCGAGCCACUACCGGGCUCAAGAGAUUUGCCAAAUCUGGAUCAAUUUGCGCGAUUUUUCACUGAUGGGCUACAUUUGACGGCAGAUGGAUAUCGGGUACUGUUUGAUGCGAUUAUGGAAACGAUUCGAGCGAAGUGGCCGGAGGAAGAACCUACUGCAAUGGAUAUGGUUCAUCCCGCAUGGCCGGAGGCGCCAAGGUAG